GGACGCCCCGGCCCAGGCCCCCGGAAGAGUGAUGGCCAGAAGCAGCGCUUCCCUCAGGCACUAGACCUGUUCCUGGUGGACUCAGCUCCUUCCCUCCCUGCCUCAUCUUAUCCUAAGAACACAGAUCUGUUUGAGAUGAUUGAAAAGAUGCAGGGCAGCAGGAUGGAUGAACAGCGAUGCUCUUUCCCACCACCCCUCAAAACAGAGGAGGACUACAUUCCCUACCCAAGUGUCCAUGAGGUUCUGGGGCGAGAAGGGCCCUUCCCCCUCAUCCUCCUGCCCCAGUUUGGGGGCUACUGGAUUGAAGGCACCAAUCAUGAAAUCACCAGCAUCCCUGAGACAGAGCCUCUGCAGUCCCCCACCACCAAGGUCAAACUGGAGUGCAACCCAACAGCGCGCAUCUACCGGAAGCACUUUCUGGGCAAGGAGCACUUCAAUUACUAUUCUCUGGACACUGCUCUUGGCCACCUGGUCUUCUCUCUCAAGUAUGAUGUCAUCGGGGAUCAAGAGCACCUGCGGCUACUGCUUAGGACCAAGUGUCGGACCUACCAUGACGUCAUCCCCAUCUCCUGCCUCACCGAGUUCCCCAAUGUGGUCCAGAUGGCAAAGUUGGUAUGUGAAGAUGUCAACGUGGAUCGAUUUUACCCUGUGCUCUACCCCAAGGCCUCCAGGCUCAUCGUCACCUUUGAUGAACAUGUUAUCAGCAAUAACUUCAAGUUCGGAGUCAUUUAUCAGAAGCUGGGGCAGACGUCUGAAGAGGAACUCUUCAGCACCAAUGAGGAAAGCCCCGCCUUCGUGGAGUUCCUUGAGUUUCUGGGCCAGAAAGUCAAAUUGCAGGACUUCAAGGGGUUCCGAGGAGGCCUGGACGUGACUCACGGGCAGACCGGGACCGAGUCUGUGUACUGCAACUUCCGCAACAAGGAGAUCAUGUUUCACGUGUCCACCAAGCUGCCAUACACAGAAGGGGACGCCCAGCAGUUGCAGCGGAAGCGGCAUAUUGGAAACGACAUCGUCGCAGUGGUCUUCCAGGAUGAGAACACACCCUUCGUGCCGGACAUGAUUGCAUCCAACUUUCUGCACGCCUAUGUGGUGGUGCAGGCGGAGGGGGGCGGCCCCGAUGGUCCCCUCUACAAGGUCUCUGUCACCGCAAGAGACGAUGUGCCCUUCUUUGGGCCCCCCCUCCCGGACCCUGCUGUGUUCAGGAAGGGGCCUGAGUUCCAGGAAUUUCUGCUGACGAAGUUGAUCAACGCUGAGUAUGCUUGCUAUAAAGCAGAGAAGUUUGCCAAACUGGAGGAGCGGACGCGUGUUGCCCUUCUGGAGACACUCUAUGAGGAACUCCACAUCCACAGCCAGUCCAUGAUGGGCCUGGGUGGCGACGAUGACAAGAUGGAGAACGGUAGCGGUGGCGGAGGCUUCUUCGAGUCUUUCAAGAGGGUCAUCCGGAGCCGGAGCCAGUCCAUGGAUGCCAUGGGACUGAGCAACAAAAAGCCCAACACCGUGUCUACUAGCCACAGUGGGAGCUUCACCCCCAACAACCCUGACCUGGCCAAGGCAGCUGGAAUAUCCCUGAUUGUCCCUGGGAAGAGCCCCACAAGGAAGAAGUCUGGUCCAUUUGGCUCCCGCCGCAGCAGCGCCAUCGGCAUCGAGAACAUCCAGGAGGUGCAGGAGAAGAGGGAGAGCCCUCCAGCUGGUCAGAAGACCCCAGACAGCGGGCACGUCUCACAGGAGCCCAAGUCAGAGAACUCUUCCACUCAGAGCUCCCCAGAGAUGCCCACAACUAAGAACAGAGUGGAGACGGCUGCCCAGAGAGCAGAAGCGCUGCAAGGCUUUUCCAGAUCCUCAUCCAGUGCCAGCAGCUUCGCCAGCGUGGUGGAGGAGACGGAAGGUGUAGACGGGGAUGACACAGGCCUGGAGAGCGUGUCAUCCUCAGGAACUUCCCAUAAGCGGGACUCCUUCCUCUACAGCACAUGGUUGGACGACAGUGUGAGCACCACGAGCGGGGGCAGCUCUCCAGGCCUCACACGAUCACCCCACCCAGACGCCGGCAAGUCGGGGGACCCUGCGUGUCCCGAGAUCAAGAUCCAACUGGAAGCAUCUGAGCAGCACACACCCCAGAUGAUGAGGCCUCAGAAGCACAAGAAGAUGCUGCACCACAUCCAGGCAGCUGGUCCUCUGCCCCACAGCCACCCCAGCCCCUGGUCCCUGCCUCCAACCCCCCUGGCCCACCCAUCUGGGCUGUCUCCGCAGGGCGGAGCUAUCCAGAGCUGGGAUGGAUGCUGCUGGCAUCACCUCACCCCCACCCCAGACUGGGGCUCUGGGUGUGAGCAGGGACUUUGGCCCUGGAUUGCCCCUACCUGGGCCUCUGUCCCCUGGAUUCUCCUCUGGAGUCCUGGGGAGCAGAGUAAGAGGAGAGGGAACAUGGCGUGCACACACUCCACCGUAGAAGCAGCAGGUGUGCAGUGUGCAGAGGGAGCACUGAGCAGGGAGUCCUGUGGGGCUUCUGCUGUGGGACCUUGGGCAAGGCACUCUCCUUCCCAGGGCAUCUCUGCUGCAAGUGGACAAGACUAUUUCAGAGGUCACUGAAGACCCAUUCCACGCACCCGCCCUGAAGGGGGCCGUUAGUCCUCCUGGGGACCUCCUAUUAUACCGACUGCUUCCUGAGGCCCCAUGUGGGCUAAGGGGCUGGGGCUGUUGUACCUGUCACCUUCCCUGAGCCCCCAGCUUUACCACAGACCUGCCAACGUCCUGUCACUGCCUCCACACGAUGGCCAAGUGUCCCCUGUUUGGAAGAGGGUCCUCCCUGGCUCCUCAUCCAGCACCCAGCUUAACCCUGCCACCUCACGCUCCUGGGCGUUCUGGGCUGAGGGGUCUCAGCUGGUCUGGAGUCCAGGCCAUCCCCUUCCCACCACUGCAGUGGAGGGGGCUGCCAGGCAUAGCUGCUGUGAGCCACAUCCGUGUGUGUAUCUGUUCACUAUUAGGAGCCAUGCCCCAACACCCACUUUGGAAGCCCUGUGGCUACAUGUAUGUCAGUAAGGGUUGUACAAAAUAAAUUCUAUUUAUCGCUAUUGUA